CUCGCCCACAGACCCACAGGAUUUUUUUUUGAACCAUCAAGCCAUCUUAUACAUAGGAGUCGAACCAGCUUACCAGAACCCUCAAAGUCCCUGACAAGGUAGAGAAAUAUACAGUAGACAUCCUUAGAACUUUAUCGGUUAGCUCGCAAUGGCUCUCUCUUUUACGCCAUUCAGGACCGCUCUUGGUGAGCUUGUUUCAAGCCCGUACUUCAGAAGAGCGCUGCUCGCCGCCGUUGUCCUCCCAGUUUCCCUUCCUCUUCUCCAUCAAUUUCUACUUCGCUUUGUCGACAGGCGAAUUGGGCCACGCUGCGGCCGCUUCCUGAAGUUGAAGGACGGAUCCGUCCGGCGCAUUGUCGUGCAUGGGGGCGACUCUAUCGUAGGACCCGCCAAAACGAACGGGACAGUCGUGAUACUUGUUGGAGGAUUGGGAAUGCACGCAACUUCGUGGGCACCCUUCCAACGGGCCCUGGAAACCGCCAUCUCAACCCGCGCCGCCACCACCCUCGUAGCCUCUGUUUCGUACGACCGUGCUGGAAAUGGCUGGUCUCCCGCGGUCGAGUCUGCUUCGCACAUAACAACGAUUGAAGAGAUGGCUUCGGAGCUCUACGACGUCAUGGAAAGCUUAAAUCUCGUGUCGGGCAACCUCAACCGCCCUGUUAUCUUGUGCGGGCAUUCGAUGGCCGGAUCAAUUAUUCAAGCGCGACUCUACCAGCAUCCGGCUCUCAAGGUGAACGCCAUCGUGUUUGCCGACCCCAUGGUGAGCGACAUCGAUAACCAAAUGCGUAUUGGGCAAGAGAAGAUUCGGAACUGGAUGGAAGCAUCGGCCGCGAAAGAAGUCCUCAAGUUGCAACUGGGAUAUGGCCGCUUUGUCGCCGCCCCGAAGAUCGUGUCUGGAACGUCGGGUGACGAAGUCGCAGCACGUCUUACACUCCCCGAGCGAUUUGACUAUGCGUUCCAAGAGCUUCAACCGGAGGGCUAUGCUCUAUUGGUGAAUGAAUAUCGCAUGGUGGGCGAUGCGACUAAUAAACUCAUGAAGCAGCGGGAAGCGCGCACGAAGACCGGUCAAGCGCCCUUCGUAUUGAUUGUAGAGGCGGACCAGUUCGAAAAUUUCGAACAGGUGUUUGAGGUCCCGGACGAUGUAUAUUCCGCUAUGCGCUUGAAAGCGUACAACGCUUGGGGGCGGGACCUUUGCAGCGGGACCUUUGGAGGUGUCUGGACGGACAAAGGAUCUACACACCUUCAGGUCAUUUUGCGACCCAUGCUUGUGGACGCAGUGUUGAAAGCGGUGGAUAGUGUUAGGUGUUAGAAAAGAGUUUGGAAGAACGGUCUGUGUUCAUGCAUAUCCUGUCAUCAUCUCCCGUCGGCGUACCUCCUCCCUUCUCCCUUUCCGAGUCGAAUAACGAGAUCCCUGAUCCUCGUCAAUCAAUUGAGAACCAGGUUUCACCGAUAAUAUUGACAAGGAUUCAAGAGACUGUAAAAUACGAAAUGUAAAAUACGGUUUCCUGUGGAGUAAAGUUCUGAUGGAAAGGAAUUAUGCUACCCGUUCCUAUGAAGAUUACGAAAUGGGCGAUUUCCAGGCCGACGCAAGCAGAGCACAUCCUGCGCGGCAACGGUCAAACAAGUUUCAAGUUACAACCCAGACCUACACAGUACGGCUGGUAACGGCCGAACAAAUGAACAAAUUGUUACCGAAGUUGCAAGUGGUAAGU